UUUACCAAUGCCUCUACCCAUGGAUUUUAACAGUGACGGUUGUUGUUAGUGGCCCUAUUAAAUACAAUUUUGUACUGCAAAUUCUGUGGAACUCAGUACAAUAUGCCAAACAAGGUUUCGGUCACAAAAAAAAAUUACAUUUUGUAUAAAAAAUGUCCGCUGCCUAUUAACUGUCACUGUAACCUUAUUGUAUGUAUAUGUAUGAAACACACAUUUAACUCAAACACGUACUGACCAGUGGAGUGCAACCCUUAGGGUGCUUACCCACGGCCCGUAAUAUCAAACGCGCCGAUUUGUACGGAUGAGCUCGCGAAGUGGACGAGUCCGGGCGGCCUCGGCCCGACGCGCGUGGUGGUGCGUAUUCAAGUAUAUCGAGAGCUAGGCCGAACGCGCUCUCGCACCGCGCUUUUUAAGUUACCGACCAGUGGCGGAUUCGUACAGGCUGGCGCGCUUGGGUGGCCCUCUUUCCGCGACGCGUUUGCGCGAAACUCGCGCCGUCCAAUCGGGCCACAGGCCGUGGGAAGCCGCCUUUAGUGUGCUCAAGCAAAAAUAUAAUGAGGUAAAAUGGAACAAUGGGAAAUUCAAUAUAAUUGUGAUGUUAAGGGGAAGGAAACUGAACUCGUUACUAAUAUAAGUUGGUAAAGUAUUCAUUUUUCCUUCUCGUUUAAUCAGUACAUAAACACAAUAUCCUGAGUAAUGGAAAAAUAUAAGAAACUUGUAAAUGUUAAUAAUGAGAUGGAACUCGGAGACUUCGGAAGUGUUGAAUCGGAUAAUGAACAACAAACAGAAUCAGUAAUUACUGAACAACCUACAACACAAGUGCCAAUCAGUCAACACCCAGUAAUUUCUUUGCCGCCGGGUUUGGAGUACCUAACAAUGGUGGACCAGUUUCUAAUAAAUCAAAAAGUAGAAAUGUUGGAAGUGCUCACUGGAUUCGAAACAAACAAUAAGUACAAAGUGUUGAACAGUAGAGGGCAAAAAGUUUACUUUGCGUGGGAGGAGAACAAUUGGUGUAACAGAAACUUUUGUGGACCUGCACGCUCUUUCAAUAUGAAGAUUUUAGAUAAUUAUGGACGUGAGGUGAUUCACCUAAGUCGUCCAUUCGCAUGUGGCGGUUGUUGUUUCCCUUGCUGUCUACAGAGUAUGGAGGUGACAGCACCCCCUGGUACCUUGAUAGGCACCAUUAAACAGGAAUGGUCCUUCUGCAAGCCACUGUACACGAUUAGGAACGUAUACGACGAACCGAUCUUGAGAAUUAAAGGGCCUAUAUGCAAGUCAAUUAUUUGUGGCGAUGUAGAAUUUCAUAUAUACAGAGACCGUGACAUCUUAAUCGGGAAAAUAUCAAGGCAAUGGUCAGGUUUAACGCGUGAAAUCUUUACGGAUGCAAAUUAUUUUGGAAUAAGUUUCCUUGUGGACUUGGAUGAGAGGAUGAAAGCAGUUUUACUUGGAGCUUUAUUUCUGAUUGAUUUUAUGUACUUUGAGAAAGCUGGAUGAUUAAAAUUACGAAGCUACACACACACAAUGACUGUAUACUAAAUGAAAAUAAACGAUAGGCAUUUAUCUACCUGCUCUUUUUAUUUUUCGCACAGACUAGGUACAAGUAGAGUACCUACACCGGAGUA